CGAAUCAUAUACACCACUUAUUUUAAGAUUGAGGACAAACAAUAAUUUACCCAUUUGCUUUAUUCUUUGUAGAGUUUAGGAGUUUAUGGCUGCUGCUUCUUCUUCUACUGCCACUCAUCCCGUGGAGAAGUAUGAUGUUUUUCUGAGUUUUAGAGGCGAGGACACCCGCAAUAACUUUACAAGCCAUCUUCACGCAGCUUUGUGUCGUAAAAAGAUCGAAACUUUCAUUGAUAACCGACUAGUCAGAGGAGAUGAAAUUUCCUCAUCUCUUUUGAAUACAAUUAAAAUAUCAAAGAUUUCGAUUAUCAUUUUCUCAAAAAAUUAUGCUUCUUCCAAAUGGUGUCUUCGAGAACUUGAACAGAUCCUUGAAUGCAAGAAUACAAGUUAUCAUAUUGUAAUACCGGUUUUCUACCAUGUUGAUCCUUCAGAUGUAAGGAAUCAAACUGAAACUUUUGGGGAUGCAUUUGCUGAGCUUGAAGAACGAUCUAAAGAGGAGUUAGAGAUGCUACAAAGAUGGAGAACUGCUUUGAAGGAAGCUGCCAGUCUCUCUGGUUGGCCUAUAAAUGACGAAAUUCCUGAAUCUGUGCUUAUAGAGGAAAUUGUUGAGGAUAUUCUAGAGAGGUUAAAUAAAUUUUCUCCAACUGGUAAUUAUGAAGACCUUGUUGGAGUAGAAUUCGCCAUCAAAAAGAUUGAAUCUUUAUUGUGCAUUGGAGCAAAUGGUGUCAAAAUUGUAGGAAUUUGGGGAAUUUGA